GUGUCGUCAUCGCGACAGUAGUUGCGGAAGUGGCCUACGCUGUCUGCAGAGGAUGAAACCUGCCUGACGACUCAGCGCGCAGGAGGAAGAAGAGAGCAGAAGGUGUGAGCCGGGGUCUGUCAACAACACACAGGUGGAGAUGGAUAACUGUCAGAUAUGGACAUGAAACUCUUAACAUACAAAGAGCUUCGUUUCACUUACUGACUUCUUUUGGACCGAUCGGGGAGGCGCAUUAUUUAGGUAUGGGCGCACUGCAAUCUUUACCUGGCCAACCGGAAUAUGUUGAUCUGGCGGAAAAGACCGGCUUUUCAUUCGAACAGAUAGGUGUCCUCCAUAAAAGAUUCAAGCAGUUGACCCACAAUGAAGAAACUCUGCGGAGGGAUCAUCUCAAUGGAAUUCCAGAUCUGGCGUGCAAUCCAAUCCGUUCUCAGAUCAUAGAGGCCUUCUUUGACAGAAGAAACCUUCGUCAGAAUGGCGAGGGUGUGGUUGAGGAGAUUGGUUUUGAGGACUUCCUGGUGGUCAUGUCCCAUUUUAAGCCCCCAAAGCUGCACAUCACAGAGGAGCAGCGUGAGAGCGUCAGGAAGGAGAAACUGAGAUUUAUAUUUAACAUGCAUGACACAGACAAUGACGGGACAAUCACCCUGGAGGAAUACAGACAUGUGGUGGAGGAGCUCCUGUCUCUCAGUGAGACGCUGGAGAUAGACACAGCCAAAAGCAUUGCAGAUGCUGCCAUGUUGGAGGUGGCCAGUAUUUCUAUGGGUCACAUGGAACCUGAUGAGUUUUAUGAGGGAAUCACAUUUGAGCAUUUCCUGAAGUUGCUGAAUGGCUUUGAAAUUGAAACAAGAAUGAAUAUUCGCUUCUUAUACAUGGACACGAUGAACUUCUGUAAUGGAGGUCAGUGAACUGAACUGUUCAGUGACUGUGAGAUAACUCUGAGAAUGCAAAGUCAUGGUUUCACUAUCUGUUUCUAUCACCAGUUGGUUGCUUGCAUUGAAUAUAUGCCUUACUUAGAUGUGAAUAACUAUGCAAUAUCAAGAAUACAUGUACCAGCUGUAUUAGGAAUACUGUUUUUGAUUUUAAGCAAUAAUACAAUCAGUCAGAUAACAGUCAAGCUGAUAUAACUUUGACAAAGCAAUAAUCAAUUAUGCAUGUCUGAAGAAGCAGACAGUUUGACUCUAUGCAUGGAAACAUGGAUGAUUGAGGAACAUGUAUGAAUGUUAAUGCCAUAAAUCUAUAAGUCUCAAUAAUCAG